AUGUCCGACGAGCCCACCCACGACGCCAAUGGCAAUGGCACCACGGCCAGCCACCACUCGGACUACAACAUCCAACCCGCCGACCCCAACCCUCCCACCAUCGCCUCCUUCGCUCCCAUCUCCUCCUCCCCCGCCUCCCGCUCCCGCUUCCAGGUGCACCAGAAGUCGCCCCUCCUCGCCUCCACGCCCCCGCAGAUCACCCGCGCCCUCUCACAGAGCUACCCCUACAUCAAGGCCGCCAACUACGUCCUCGGCCUGCUAACAUGGACCACGCCGGACCCGUGGGAGUCGUUCCUCGUCGUCGCCGCCUUCUGGGCCGCCGCCCUCUACGGCGACGUCGUGCUCCGGUUCGCGGGCAACGUGUUCAUCGUGGUGGUGCUCAUCCUGGGCAUGUUUCUGCGGCGGUACCACGACGAGCCGACGAGCACGACGCUGGACGAGAUCCUCGAGACGCUCAACACGCUCACGACACGCAUGAACAUCUUCUUUGAGCCGUUCCUGCAGCUGACGCGGUGGCUGUCGACCACAAAGACGGCCACCACGGCCACAACCCGCCCGGCGCUCACAACGCUGUUUGUCCGUAUCCUGCUCACCACGCCGCUGUGGCUGGCGCUCAGCGUGUACCCCACGCACAUCAUCACCGCCCGCCGCAUUGUCCUGCUGGUGGGGACGCUGAUCCUCUCAUGGCACUCGCGCCCCGCAAAGGUGUCCCGCACCGUGCUCUGGCGCUCGCAGCUCAUCCGCAAGGUGUGCAGCCGCCUCACGGGGCUAUCACUCAUGCCGCCGCCCGUCCUCCCCACACUGCCCCCACGCCACGUCCCCUCCACCGAGCUCAAACACACGCCCAGCACGCAGAAAUCCCACCCCUCCGCCACCUCACCCGCCACGCGCAUCGCCGCCGCCCCGCGCGGAAACCCCGACAACAUCCACCCGGAGGUGUCCACGCCGCUGACGGCCUCCACGACCGGCGCGUCGCCGGGCGUCAAGUUCACGUUCGCCAUCUACGAGAACCAGCGGCGGUGGCUCGGGGUCGGCUGGACGGCGAGCCUGUUUGCCUAUGAGCGUGCUCCGUUCACCGACGAGCAUCUGCAGCCGGCGCCGGCGCCGGCGGAGUUUGUGCUGCCGGUGACGGGGCGCGGGAGCGGUGUGCGGUGGCGGUGGGUUGAGGGGGAGGACUGGCGGGUGGAGGGGGCGAAUGGUGGGAGAGGCGGCGGGGGGAAGAAGCAGGAGGUGAAGGAUAAGGUGGGGUUGAGUGGGGAGAGUGGCGAGGGGUGGGUGUAUUAUGAUAAUAAGUGGCGAGACGGCCGCAGAGGCGUCGACGGAUGGGGCAAAUACACGCGCCGCCGCAAGUGGUACCGCAACGCGGAGCUCGUCGAGGAUCUUGAGGAUGCUGCUGCGGCGGAGCUGCCGGCCGCCGAGGUCAAGGUGAAGCCGGAGGUGGUGGUGACGGACGAGGAGGGCGAGGUUGUGGAAAGGUAG